ACUCCUCCCCUCAAGUUCAGCAUCAGGCUGCAGAGAGGGCGCAGAAAGCGAACCUCUUCAUGUUUCCCACAGCCAUCACUGAGGAACGAGAGCAGAAUAUUCUCUUGGAUCUUCAUGUGGAGAAAAGUUGAGGAGCACCGUGAUGUGGGGUUGUAGUUGUUCUACCUGAAUCCAGCAGGAGAUGGAGCUGUUGAUCCACAAGACUGAGCCAGUUGUUAACGAAAGCUUGGAGAAAUGGGAGUCAGUCGGCCAUGGGGGCUUCGGUCAUGUCUACAAGGCCAGGCACAAGGACUGGGGCGUUGACGUGGCCAUUAAGAUACUCCGUGAUGGUGUUUGCCACUUCAUGCCACUGUGUGACGAGGCUAAUCGUAUGCAUCAGGCUUCCUGUGAGUUUGUGCUGAGACUUCAUGGAAUCUAUCAGGGAUGUCCGCCUGGAGGGACAUCCACACAACAGGGGUUAGUGAUGGAGUUCAUGGAAACAGGAUCUGUUGAGUCCCUGCAGAAGGACCUCUCUGGCCCUCCACUGUGGCCCCUGGUCUGCCGCUUGGCCCAUCAAGUGGCUGUCGGCAUGAACUUCCUCCAUUCACGGAAACUUAUGCACCACGACCUAAAGCCAAGUAAUGUACUGCUGAAUGUCGAUCUUAACGCCAAGCUAGCAGACUUUGGUCUGUCCAGAGUUUCCACCAGUGCUUUGAACAGCAACAGAGAAAUAAUGAGGGGGAUCGAAGGUUCAUACAAGUACAUGCCUCCUGAGGCUUUUGAAGUAUCAUAUGAACCUGUCCGUUCUUUUGACGUAUACAGCUAUGGUAUCCUGCUUUGGUCCAUUAUCACUGGUAAAGAGCCAUAUCCAAGCGCUGCAUUUGCUCUUGUGGAACUGAAGAUCCCUGUUGGGGACAGACCUAAGUGUGAGAAAAUUGACCAGAUGAGAGAAGAAGGGUUGAAAGAACUGGUUGACCUCAUGAAGAAGUGCUGGGAUGGCAGUCCCUCAGAGAGGCCCACCUUCAAAAAUUGCCUUGCAGUCACUGAGAAUGUGUUCUCAAAGAACAAGGAGGGAAUUCAUGAUGCGGUCGGUCAUGUGUUGACAACACUGAAGUCACCAACCAAAUGUCAAUCAAACACAACGUUGGCUCUCAAUGUUCCUCUUCAGCCACCAGAACAGUCAGAGUCAAUUGCUACUGUGGACAAUGUCAUAUUAACAAAAACUGAACGGUCUCCAAUACAGGAUUCUGUCAGAAUUUCUACUACAAGUACUACAGACAAAGCAACGUUUGUUGAUGACAACAGGGCAAAGUUGAUUCAAAACGUGACCGAGGUCAUGGCAAUAACAGACCAUCUCGGAGACUUGGUUCACAGGGAAACCUACUCAUUGAUUCUUGGGAAAGCAACUAGCCAGGAAAAAAUGAGAGUGCUUUAUCAAAGGGCAUUACGUUCAGGAGGAGAAGAGGUCAAAGCAGCCUUCUACGACGCCCUCAAAUAUCACCAGCCCAAACUAGUGGAGAGGCUCGGUGGCUAAUUCUAAAGAAACGGUUCCCUUGCUGCAGAUGUCAAAGAUUUGCCUUUCCUCUCCUCCUAGACUUCCAUAUUUUGUGAAAAAUCGAUAUUUGAUUGAUUUUCAUAAAUACAAUGUGUUGAGAUUGUUUCUAUACUUGUUAUACAUCAAGUCAUAGAUGAAUUAUGGUGCUAGUUUAGUGCCUUAUUGAAAGUUCAUAUCAAAGAUAAUAGGAGCAAGGACGACCAACAGAGGCAAGAGUUUAGCAGAUCAGCCUUCUCUAUUAGAUAAAAAUACUUUUGGAGCUCAGUACCAAGUUAUAUAAGAGUGCUGCAGCUUUACUGAUUGGAAAUCACGGCUAAAAGCAACCCGUCAGGAAUAAACGCAAACACUUGAUGUCACUUAAUGUUGCCAAAUCUUGUUGUAUAUGAACUAUCUUGUAAUUGUCUUUUUUUAUACAGUGUUAAUCUUCUUUCCUGCCCAAAGUCUACAGUUGUUAAUUAGCUUAUAGCGAACUCUGGCACAGCUAAGAAGCUGUACACUGUCCGAGUCAAAUAAACAAAUAAAUACACGUUUCUUUUUUUUUUAAUAAACCUAUUUUUUCACAAAUUUCA